AAGAGAAAAAGAGAGAGAGAGAGAGAGAGAGAAAAUGAGUGAGUGAGUGAGUGAGAGAGAGUGGGAGGGAGGUAGAGAGGGAGAGAGAAAGAAAAUCAGGCGCGGCGCACUGUAUGCGAAGUGUGUACGAGGGCGCCCGAUUCGUGAUACCUACCUGGGAGGCGAGGCAUUUCUCUCGCCGUUUUGUCAUAUACGGAGUUUGCUGCGUGUAGAAAAGUGGCCGACACGACAGCAAACUCGAAGACGCGCGCCUCCGUGUCGUCUCGUUAUUAUACGACGCUCGAUCGUGGCCGUGAGAGAACUUCUUUGCAAAGUUCAUCGUCGAUCGGGUACCGUUUUUGACAGUUUCAGAAAGGGGAGGACAAGAAAGAGUGUGUGCGUGUGCGUGUGCGUGUGUGUGUGUGAGAGAGAGAAAGAGAAAUAGAGGAGAGAUAGCUAUAAAAAGAGAGAGAAAGAGAAAGAGUAAGACUUAACCCUUUGCCUUCGAUGCAGUCCUUAAUAAAUGAGAAGACUAUUUUUUUUAUGUAACCGGUUUAUAAGUACACGUUUUGCAAUAUGCUGCCAGUCUUUGCAUCGAACACGCUUUCGUGGUCAAUAGACACGUGAAAUUGCGAUCGAAUAACGUUCAAGGACUCCGAUAGUCGAUUCCGAGUAACGCGUUUCCUCUUUAGAUCAUUUUUCGUGUCGUUUGCCUCCGUGAAACCGGUUAUCUUAUGUUUACGAUACACUUGUCAUUUUAAUUGUAUAUAAUAGUGGAUUUUCAAAUCGAUUUUUUCUUAUCUUUUUCUAUCUGUCUUGCAAUAUGACAGUGUUAUAAGGAGGAGAGCAACGUACGUGUUCCCUAAUCAUCACCAAUUCAUUUUUACUAGAGACGUCUAUCGAUUAAAUUUCAAAACCAGCCUGUGAAACCAUGAAUGCCUCAGAACAUGGGUUUAACCCAGCCUUUAACAUGGCUUCCAUAAAACAAGCUUUCAAUGAGGCAGUAGAGAGAGUCUCAACAGUUAGAAUGCCGGCACCAACAAGGUUGAGAGACUUGAUCAGACAAAUAAGAGCAGCUCGAACAGCAGCAGAAGAAAGGACAGUAGUAAACAAAGAAUGUGCUUAUAUUCGUUCAACAUUUAGAGAAGAGGAUAGUGUUUGGAGAUGUCGUAACAUCGCAAAACUUUUAUACAUUCACAUGCUUGGAUAUCCAGCACAUUUUGGACAAUUAGAAUGUUUGAAACUUAUUGCAUCACCCAGGUUCACAGAUAAACGUAUAGGCUAUUUGGGAGCAAUGUUACUACUAGAUGAACGACAAGAUGUUCAUUUAUUAAUAACAAAUUGUUUAAAAACUGACUUAAAUAGUUCUACACAGUUUGUAAUUGGUUUGGCCCUUUGUACAUUGGGUGCUAUUGCAUCGCCAGAAAUGGCAAGGGACCUUGCUUCUGAAGUUGAAAGACUGAUGAAAUCACCGAAUGCAUAUAUUAGGAAAAAAGCUGCAUUAUGUGCUUUUAGAAUUAUUAGACGUGUACCAGAAUUAAUGGAAAUGUUUUUACCUGCUACACGAAGUUUAAUUACAGAAAAAAACCAUGGAGUGUUAAUAACUGGCGUUACUCUUAUUACUGAAAUGUGUGAAAAUAGCAUUGAUACAUUAAACCAUUUCAAGAAGGAAUGCGGCCAUCGAGAGAUUGUGCCAAAUCUAGUGAGAAUUCUGAAAAAUUUAAUAUUAGCUGGAUAUUCUCCUGAGCAUGAUGUAUCUGGAGUAUCUGAUCCAUUUUUGCAAGUGAAAAUAUUACGUCUCCUUAGAAUUUUGGGACGUAACGAUGUGGAUGCAUCUGAGGCGAUGAACGAUAUUCUUGCACAAGUUGCUACAAAUACAGAAACCAGUAAAAAUGUUGGCAAUACAAUAUUAUAUGAAACUGUUCUCUCAAUAAUGGAUAUCAAAUCCGAAAGUGGACUUAGAGUAUUAGCAGUUAAUAUCCUAGGUCGAUUUUUAUUAAAUAAUGACAAAAAUAUUCGUUAUGUUGCAUUAAAUACAUUAUUGAAAACAGUUUAUGUGGAUACAAGUGCAGUUCAGAGGCAUCGUUCAACAAUAUUGGAAUGUUUAAAAGAUCCAGAUGUAUCAAUAAGAAGGAGAGCAAUGGAACUGAGUUUUGCACUUGUUAAUUCAAGUAAUAUUAGAAAUAUGAUGAAAGAAUUAUUGCUCUUUCUAGAACGUGCAGAUCCCGAAUUCAAAGCCCAAUGUAGUAGCAAUAUAGUAAUGUCUGCAGAAAGAUUUGCACCUAAUAAACGUUGGCAUUUGGAAACAUUAUUUAAAGUCCUUGUUGCUGCUGGAAAUUAUGUACGAGAUGAUGUAGUAGCUUGCACAAUUCAAUUAAUCUCAGAGACACAAUCACAACAAGGUUAUGCUGUUAGUGCAUUAUGGCGUGCAUUAGAAAAGGAUACAUCUGAUAAACAACCUUUGGCUCAAGUAGCAACAUGGUGUAUUGGAGAGUAUGGUGAUCUUUUACUUUAUGGUCCACCAUUGGAAGAUGCAGAUGCACCAAUAAACUUAACAGAAGAUGAAGUUAUUGAUGUUUAUCAAAGAUUAUUGUGGAGUCCACAAAACACAAUUGUUACAAAACAGUAUACUUUGUUAUCCCUUACAAAAUUAAGUACAAGAUUUCAAAAAGGAAAUGAAAAAAUUCGGCAGAUUAUAGAUACGUUUGGUAGUAAUUUACAUAUUGAGUUACAACAACGAGGUAUUGAAUUUUCACAGUUGUUUAGAAAAUAUGAUCAUUUACGACCUGCUUUGCUCGAGAGAAUGCCUCCAAUGGAGACUGCAAGGCCACAAGCCAAUGGUAUUAUUGGUAUGGUGAAUGGCGAGCCAGAACAAGAAGAUGAAAAAUCAGUAGUAUUGGAAACGUCUGUUACCCCGUCUGAUUCAAGUGCACUUUUGGAUUUACUCGGAAGUACCGACGUUGGGAUGACAAUGUCAACAGUUACAACUAAAAAUGCACCUCCUCCCGCAACAAGUGUAAAUAACAACGAUCUUUUAGAUUUACUUGGUAGUUUGGAUAUGAAUACAGGGGCAUCACCUUUAGUACUACCCCAACAAUCACAAUUAACAACACAGAUAUUUAAUCCUACGAGUACAACAAACUUUUUGGUGGAUGGCCUACUUAAUUCUUCAGCGCAAAUUGAAACUUCAAGUAUGAUUGUUUUGGAUAAAUCUGGACUUAAAAUAACUUUUAAAAUGGAAAGACCACCAGAUAUUACAGACUUAUUAAUUAUAAAUAUGACAGCACAUAAUUCUACGAAUAGUGCGUUAAGUGAAUUUUUAUUUCAAGCUGCAGUUCCUAGGACAUUCCAACUACAAAUGCUGCCACCAUCAAGUACAGUUAUUCCUCCAUCAGGUGAAGUAACUCAAGUAAUAAGAGUUACAAAUAUCAAUAACGUACCAUUAAGAAUGAGACUACGAAUUUCUUAUACUGGAUCAGCAGGGCCAAUUUUAGAACAAACAGAAGUAAAUAAUUUUCCCUCAUUGGUAUCACAGUGACAUCCUACAAUACAAAAAUAAUUGUACAUAUGCCUGCCUAAUAAUUAAUUAAGUCUGAUAUAGACCAUACACAACCUCUUUAUUUUUGAGGUAAAGUGAAAAUAUGCGUUGACAAAAAUGUACCAAACGUUUCUUUUUAUUCAUUGAAUGAUUGAUGAACAUCAGCACGUAUAGUGCGAAUAGAGUUUAUUUUAUGGCAUGUGCAUAUCGAUAUUAGUCUUUCUUAUUGAAAAAGGAUAUCCCACCUGCUCACAGGCACAACCCUGUGUUCAAUACUAAGCAAUAUCAUAAUUAUUUCACUUAUGUACAGAUUACUUAUGUAUAUUACACAUUAUUAGAUACUGUUCGAAAUUGUAUGUAAUAUUCUUAAGUUUUCUCUUCUUAAGUAUUUUAAAGUAUAUCAUUGGUAGAAGAACUGUUAUAAGUCAAGAUAGUUAUUAAAUAUUUUGUUUUGGUUCUAUUAUUGAUAUGCAUGCAUCAUACACUUGUAGAUAAUCGACAUAAAAAGAAAAAACAAAAAAAAAACAAAAAAAGACAUUAAAAAGAUGCUUGUUUGAGCAGGUGAUACAAUAUUAAUUUCGACAGUUUACAGAAAAAGAUCAAGCAUAAUCGAUAAUAAAUGAAUAAAGCGAACAUAUGAAAAAUAAUGUAAAAUAUCAUUCAUAUUAUGGUGCAUGUCUAUAAAAAAAAAAAAUAUAUAUAUAUCAUUGUAAAUAUUUUCUCUACCAGGACAUAAUAAGGUAGGAAAAUAAUAUUGGAUACAACACUACUCUAUUAAUUUGUUAAAUUCAUGAUAUUAUUAUGUCUUCAUUUAGUUUGCAUAUCUUAAAGUAUUGGAUAAACAUAAUAGAAUCUCUCCGAUCUAUCUCUUAAUAGUAUGGAUGAAUUAUGAUUGUUCUUAAAAGUGUUGUUGUCCUAUUAUUAUAAUGAACAAUUAACCCUUGCUGUAAUAAUUGAUCUUUUCUACUAUAUUUGUAACAAAUGAAAAACUCGAUUGCCUUGUAAAUAAUAGAUAGGUGCAGUCAUAUAGAAAUGAUGAGAUUCUUAUACAGAUGAGAUACAAAAUGGAAUUCUUACAAAAUAUGAAUAUAAUACAAUUAUUAGGAUUAUAUCAUAGUAUUCAUUUUUUUGAUGUUUUAUUUAAAAAAAAUUUUUGUUGCGAUUACACCCACGUGGUUGAAUAUGUGCGUUAUAAUAUCCCUCAUUUGCUAAUAAUGUCGGGGAUGCAGUGUUUAUACAAAUUCGAGUGUAUUUAGAAUAUAUGGUAACAUUGGAGGGCUGAAUUCUGGUUGUUAUAUAAAAUUGGUUUAAUUGCAAACAUCUAAUUGCUCUAUAUGGGGGGCAUAAGUUACUAAAAUCACACAAUCAUAAUUUACUAAAACUUAAAAAAAUUCGUUGUUUUUAACAAUUAAAAUAAUAAAGUUAUAUACGAAAUUUGAUUGGUAAUUAUGAAAAUUGUAUUUAACAUUUACGAAGUAACUAAAAUCAGUGGAAUGUGAGGAAUUGAUGACCGUAUAUAAGAAGUUUUAUAUGUUGCAAAUAUGUAAUUAUUUAACACAUGUAAAGACUUAGUUCAACCGGAAUUAAUCAUGCUCUCAUAUGAUAGAAAAAUUAGUUUGCACUAUCGAAGUUUUAAAAUAAUUCAUUUUAGGUCUGCCUUUUAAAAUUAUAAUAUAAUUUAAAAAUUCAUCUGUCAACAGUUUACAAUAUGAGAUAACAGAAAAAUGAUAAAAAUUUGUUUAUACAUUUGCACAAAACAUUACAUUCCUUAUCUAAUUUAUUUAAAUUGUAAAGUUUAGUACUUUGUAAUUUAAAAAAAAAAAGAAAAAAAAAAAAGAACUGGGUAUUUAUCAAUGUCUUCAGAGAAUAUGUGAAGAAAAUUAAUCUAUUCAAUUUUAGAGGGGGUCUAAUUUUUAUUUUUUUAUCUGUAUAAAAUAUGCUUGCUAUAAAAUAAAAAGUGCAAGGUCUAUAAAAAUGUAUGAUACCUACUUAGGUAAUGGCAGUGUGGCAGACAAAAAUAAUUUCGUACAUUGAAAUGAUUAUUUUUCAGUUUUUUUAUACAUGUAAACUAACAGAAGAAUAAUGUACUUAAUUUUAUUAAAUUAAAUCUAAUGUUAGCAUGUUACAGUAUAGUUUUAUAAGUUUCAUAGGUUUAAUACAUAUGGUUAAAAAUUUAGCACAUCCUUAGUUGAUUUUAGUGGAAUUAGGCUUCUUUGAUCAUGCCGGAUUUUCAUUAACAUUAUGAAAUAUUGUUAGAUAUGUUAUUAGUAUAAUUGUACGCGCAUUUUAGCUCCGUCCCUUUAUAUGUUGUGCGAUAUGAAUGUUUGGAGUGCGAAAGCAGAACAGGUGGGUGUGUUUCUGAGUGGCCUUGUCCUAAAGUCUGUGACACAGUAUCAGCCCUUCAGUGGGGUGUGCUCUGCCUACUUGUUCUCAAUGCUAUAUUAGUUUUAUAAAUAUAAUUAUAAAUAAAUAUAAAUAUGAAUAUAAAUAUAAAUAUAAAUAUAUACAUAUAUAUAUAUAUAUAUAUAUAUAUAUAUAUAUAUAUGUAUGUGUAUAUAUAAAUCAAUUGUGAAGAUAUUGAGUAAUGAUAAAGAUGCUGUAUAUAUACAUUCUAGCAAAUCAAGGUGUGAAAAUAAAAUGUAUUUUUAUUCCACUAAA